AUGUUUUAUUUAGAAAAUCGUGAAAGUUUUCGAUUUACUUUAAAAACUACUGAAGCAAUACGUGCAAAUCGUUCAGGUGAAUCAAGUCCAUUAUCAUGUGUUGUCCAAGAUACUAUGACAAUAGCUCAAAUUGAUACACUUGUUCGUCGUCAUCCACACUUAAUUUAUUCUGUUGUUAUUAGUGAAGAUUUUCCUUGUAUUGUUAGUCAAGUUCAAAUACGUGAUUUAUUAGCUGUACUUAAAUCACGAAAAACACAAUUAACAUUGGCACAAUCAAGACCUGCACUUAAUCGAAAAGUUUCAGUUGUAUCAAUGUCAAAUUUAUUAAAUAAAUCAGAUCAACCAUCAUCAUUAGGAAUGCAUAGAGCAUUAUUAGCAUUACAAGUAUCAAGAAUUUUACAAUUCCAUAGAUUAGUUGAUAGAGCACCGAUUAUUGUAACAGAUAAAACACUGGUGGAAGCUGAUGUAGAUAUGUUUAAAAAAUUAGGUUGUCGACAAAUAUUUGGCUCGAAAAAUGGGUUUCGUCUUCAAGGCAUUUUAACUCGAAAAGAUAUUAUUCGAUUGAUGCAUGAAGCUAAUGUAUCAAGAAAAUUUGAACAUUAA